AUGGCUAAAUCGACGUCCGCGCCCUACAAAGGCAAGCAGGCAGUCACGGCCGACUAUGAGGAUUGGGAGAACCUGAAGGAAUUAUUCUCCCGCGCGAUGGAUCGCUACGAUGCCGACGACAUUACUGAAACACUGCCGCUUCUACGCGCUGUCAUUCGUGAAUGCCACCGCUUCCUGAAGGCACAUCCUGAUCCGUCCGUGAUAUACACUGGCUCUCAACACCUCCGCGACAGCCGCUCCCCAGAAGCCAUGACACCGACAGACGAGCGGCUGUCACGAGACUGGGGUCAUGAUUUCGAAUUUCCAUCGCAUGUCCAUGAGCAGCGCCGCCGCACACAUCACGAGCAGCCGACCGCUUUUCAUGCGAUCUUUGGCAUUGCGCUGUUCUUGAUGGGUACAAUCAUAGCGCAAGACUCGACCGCCGCACUGCCUGGCGAGCCAGACACUCCGUCUGCCUACUGGCUUGCCGCUCUCGAUGUUUUCGAGACCGGCGAAAACCUUCCCAGCCGAACAUGUGGCAACGAUGCGCGCGGGGCCGGCUUCUCCGACCUCGCGGAAGACUGGCGCAUGGCCAUCGUGUGGGGUCGCACGCUUGUAUGCCUCGCAGACGAGAAGGUGGCAUACAGCAUACACGCGUCGCCUUUCCCGAUGACGGAGCCUGCGUGGCCCGCGGACAGCCCUUUUGCGGCGAUCGCGGCAGCGCGCCCACCGGUGUCGCGGCGGAUGGGCCUGUACUCGGCGACCGCGCACGAUGUGAUGGUGCUCGCCAUGGACCAGUUCUCGCGCGGGAUAUUUCACAUGCCGCACCCGCACUAUCCACAGUCGCACAAUCCUGCGUCGUAUGCGCACAUUCCAGCUUCACCUCACUUACGACCGCGUUCACGGCAGACGUCGAUGCACUCCAUGAGUCCGCCGUCGCAAGGUCAUGGAGACGGGCAAGCGCCUUCCGAUCCAUUUGCGUCGUUCUCGCGACCGCGCGAGCUCUUCACGAUCGCAUCGGAGGUGCUGGGUGUAGCCGAGCGGUUACCGGACGGCACGCAGCGCGCGUACUGGGCGAAUUGGGCUGAGUCAGUUUUCAAGCAGAUGAAGAUGGAGGCGGACAUGGAUGCAUGGCGCGGACCGCUGACGGCGGCGCGUGGGCGGAGCUGGCUGGUGAUGGGGAGUGCACCGGUGGAGGAACUGGAGCUGGCACUCGAGCGCGGGGACGCGGGGGUGCUGGGCAGCGCCGAGGCGGAGGAGGCGCGCGAGGGGCUCACGAUGGCGGUGAGUUUCUUUGAGCGGGCGAAGGGUGCUCAGGAUGGCGGGGAGGACGUGGGGCCGCUGCUGGCGGAAGCGCUAUUCACGCUGGCGAACCUGACGGAGGACGACAACAAGCGCGAGGAGCUGUAUUCGCGUGCACGGCGGGAGGCUGGCGAGCGACUCGCGCAGGAGCUCGGGCUAGACCACGCGGACGACGCGAUGGACGAGAGCUGA